CAUUCGAUUCAUUCUCGUGAUUCUUCGUCAUUCAAAUUUUUUUUAUAGGAGCUUUGUCCAGCCGUUUUUUUUUUUUUUAAUCCCAGGCAUUAUCUUGGAAAUUUUUGGGUCAUUAUACAUGCGAGUGAUAUCCAUUUCUUUAGAAUCUGGGGACGGCAAAUAGCAUAUAUUCACUUACAAUCAAUCUUUCAUCCCAUGUUAGAGGCAUAUAGAUGUCAUAAACAAACAAUUGCUUUAGACAAUCUGUGUCUUUUAGGUAGCAAAGUUGGAUCUUUCAUCAGUGCCGUUGUCGAUUAAGUAGCGCGAAACAUUCUACAGUUGAGAGGAAUCGAUCAAUCAUUCUGAAUCGAUCAAUCACUGAAGUCUGAAGGCACAGAUGGGAAUAGGUUGAUUUUCUCUAAACAUGAUUUUAUCAGCACGGCCACACAUCAGGAGACUCUUCUCAUCCACCUGCGCCAUUGCUCGGUCUGAGUAUGGAGAUCUCUGUCGGUUCGGGAGUGACCCUGAACUGCUUCCGGUCAAAUCCCAUUUCCCCGUUUCUCUCGUAGAAUCCAACUCCCGGCUCAAAGAGCUGAUAAGGACCGAUCGCCUGAACGAUGCACGUGACUUGUUCGACGGAAUGGCUCAGAGGGAUGAAAUCUCAUGGACUACCAUCAUUUCUGGUUAUGUGAACUCUUCGCGUGUGGUCGAAGCCUUGUCGUUGUUCCUGAGAGUGUGGGUCGAGCCGAAUCUUAGGAUGGAUCCUUUUGUACUCAGCCUUGCCCUAAAAGCUUGUGGGCUCGAUAUGAAUGCAGACUUCGGAGACUCGUUGCAUGGGUACUCUGCGAAAACAGGAUUUGUGUACUCUGUAUUCGUAGGCAGUGCCCUCCUAGACAUGUACAUGAAAACGGGUCGGGUCCUGUUAGGUUGUCGGGUUUUUGAUGAGAUGCUGCUUAGAAAUGUUGUCUCUUGGACUGCCAUCAUAACAGGACUCGUUCGUUCAGGCCGGUGUAGGGAAGGAUUGGAUUACUUCUCUGAUAUGUGGGCUUCGAAACAACAGUGUGAUUCUUACACUUUUGCGAUCGCUCUAAAGGCUUGUGCUGAUUCGGGUAACUUGAAUGUGGGGAGAGAGAUUCACAGUCUUGUGGUCAAGAGAGGAUUCGACUCCACCUCGUAUGUGUCCAACACUCUUGCCACUCUUUACAACAAGUGUGGGAAGUUAGAUUACGGGCUUAGAUUGUUCGAGAGGAUCGAGACAAAAGACGUGGUCUCAUGGACGACUAUAAUCACUUCAUACGUUCAGAUGGGACAGGAGGAUGAAGCCGUCAGAGCAUUCUUGCGGAUGCGGGAGUCUGGUGUGGAUGCCAACGAAUACACCUUUGCAGCGGUCAUAUCGGGCUGUGCAGGGCUGGCAAGGAUUAAAUGGGGUGAGCAGUUGCAUGCCCAUGUAAUGAAGAAAGGUGUUUUGGGUUCAUUAUCGGUGGCAAACUCCACCAUGACAAUGUACUCAAAGUGCGGUGAGUUAGAUUCGACUUUGGCCAUAUUUCAGGAGAUGCACUUGAGGGAUGUGGUCUCCUGGAGCACGAUUAUUGCAAGCUAUUCACAGGCAGGUAUUGGUGAGGAAGCCUUUGAGCUUCUAUUGCGGAUGCGGAAGGAAGGUCCAAAACCGACUGAAUUUGCCCUGGCAAGUGUUCUGAGUGUUUGUGGUAAUAUGGCAAUUCUCGAGCAAGGGAAGCAAAUUCAUGCCCAUGUUCUGCAAAUUGGAAUAGAAAACAGAGCAAUGAUACAGAGCGGUCUGAUCAAUAUGUAUGCGAAGUGCGGGAGUAUAACAGAAGCGUCGAAGAUUUUCAAUGUUUCGAUGAUGAAUGAUAUUAUCUCAUGGACAGCCAUGAUUAAUGGGUAUGCUGAACAUGGGUUGAGCUUUGAAGCGAUAAAUUUGUUCGAGAGGCUUCAUGAUGUGGGUCUGAGGCCCGAUGCAGUGACCUAUAUUGGGGUUCUGACAGCCUGCAGUCAUGCGGGCCUUGUUGAUCUUGCGUUUUGUUAUUUCAAGGCAAUGACUGAGUGUUACCGGAUUCAUCCAACGAAGGAACAUUAUGGUUGCAUGAUUGAUCUCCUCUGCCGAGCAGGGCGACUGAGUGAAGCAGAGAGCAUGAUUGAGAACAUGCCAUUCCAUAGGGACGAUGUUGUGUGGUCGACACUGUUGAGGGCAUGCAGAGCCCAUGGGGAUGUCGACCGAGGGAGGCGGGCAGCAGAGCAAAUUUUGGAGAUGGACCCAAAUUGCGCUGGAACCCACAUCACCUUGGCUAAUAUGUACUCUGCCCAGGGGAGGUGGAGGGAUGCAGCUCACGUGAGGAAGCUGAUGAGGGCCAAAGGAGUAAUGAAGGAGCCCGGUUGGUCUUUGAUUAAGAUGAAGGAUUGCGUGUUUACAUUUGUUGCUGGUGACCGGACACAUUUACAGAGUGAAGAGAUUUAUUAUGCUCUCGAUAUGUUGGGAUUGGGAGAAAAUGAAUUUGAUGAUACAGACCUUAUUUUAGAUGUUCUUGAAGAUUGAAGGGAGAAACUCGUGCUAGUUAGUCUAGUGGUUGAUGGAGUGACUGGAGCAUUUCAUGUUCAGACCCCAAUUCCCUUGUUUAAUGCACUGUGAUCAUCCACAUGGAUUUCAUGAUCACUUCUCUCUGGUGUUUGUGGUAUGUUUUUAAGGAUCAGAUACAGAGAAUUGCUCGGUUUUGGCGAAUGAGGUCAAUAAGCAACUAUUGUCAUCAGAUCCAGGGGCAAAGUCAUGCAAUUCUUAAAAGAAAGAUCGUAGUCGAGCAUUUAUUUCAGAUGAAAGAUUCAGAUUGAAGCCACGUCCAUUGGAAAUUAUGGGUCAGCAAAACUAGAGAAGUUUUGUGCUUAACAGAGGAAGUCGCUUCCAGAGAAGCGACUACCUUCUUCAAAUACUAUUUGGCACAGGAAGGUGCAGAUGCUGGAUUGUUAACACAAGAUCUUUACCAGAAGGAUAAGCCUGUGGAGGGAAGGUGGAAGAAAUAGAAGUAGAUAUCAGAGAUUAUGUCGGAAAUAUGAUGUAUCGGAAUUCUAUGCCUUUUUCGAGUUAAAAGCUGGUUGUAACUGAGCGUCAAAUGUCAUUUUAUAUGGUUUAGCAGCAGACUCGUGAUGUCCGGGAAAAGUUCAACAAACUGCUGCCAGAAGCUCAGGCUUAUGACAAAUAGAGGACUGCCGCAGUUGGACAGUCAGUAGAGCUUCUGCCCAACACACAUAACUACCAGCAGGAGAUUGCCGCGCGGCGCAAGGCUUCAUGAUGUGUUUGGGGGAGGUGCAAUUUCAAUGAUUGAUCUGCAGUGUGGCCUACGUCCUGAAUGCUCUUUUUCCGAAACAGAUACGCAGGCAGAUUCUGGAAAUUCAGGUUUUGUGCUGCAUUCCUAUGAACUCGAAUCCCCACACCGGUGGACCAAGCACAGCCUCUAUUCUUAAGUCAAAAUAAACCAUGAAAUGUGAUACAACAUAUUUAUAAGCAGGGCCAUCUCGUGACUAGUGUACGGGUUGGAGCCUACGGCUCAGCCCCACUGAGGAGCAGGGACGAAAUUAGGAUUUUCAGCCAGCGGAGGCAAAGAUUUCUGUGUGUAAUAUUUCACUUCUAUACUAAUUAAUUGAUGAGGUUAGAUGUCAUUGAUAGAUAUCCUUUAUAAAUUUAGAUUAGUUAGAAGUAUUUACCAGUAAAUAUUUCGUACUUAUUCAUCUCA